ACGGGCUACGGCAUCUGCUCGCGCCGGUUCGACCCUGCGGAGGUCGCUGCGGUGGGCCGCUGCCGUGAGCGCGACCGCUACCUGGCGGAGGGGCACGUGGGUGCCCGUGCCGACGCGCUGGGCGCUGAGCUUCCUCGCGAGGAGCCGCUGCUGGUGGAUGCCUGCCUGGGUCGUUCGGAUCUCCAGCCCGACCCGCAGUUUGCGGAGGUGCCGAGCUACAGGACCGAGUCUGCCGACUUGGGCGUGGUCGGCGGCUGGAGGUUUACAUGGCCCGAGGACGUCGCGGUCCUGGAGGCCCGUGGCCUGCUGCGCGGGCCGGAGAGGGUGACUCGCACCAGGUUUGGCCGCAACGUUCGCCAGCUUCUGUUUGCAGAUAAUUUAGGCCUCGCACUGGCCGUGGGCAGAUCAAUCGGCUGCGGCCCCGCGCAGGAAGCGCCGACUGGAGUCCUCAGAGGCGGCACCCGCAUCACUGCAGCGCACUUCCGAAUCCUGAAGGCCGAAGGCGAGCUCGGAGUCGCGUCGCUAGCCCGCAGCGCUUGCCAGCCAGGCCUCUCGAACGACGAGGUGGGGCUAAUCCUGCAGCAGCUGGGGGAGCGGAUCAGGGCGGAUCCACGCUCCCAGGACGCUUCGAGCUCGAACGGCGCCUUGGAGAAGCUGCUGGUAGCCGAGGCGUUGCCCGAGCUGAAUCUUCUUACGCUGGGCGAGCACGCUGCAGUCAGGUCUCGGACCGAGGCCCAGUACGCCCAGGAGGUGCACCAGUACAGCGGCGCGAGGCGGGUAACCGACAUCCCGAUCGAGGAGCUGGACAGCAGAUUGGUGCAGUACAUCGACCACCAGAUCAGAAGGGGAGUGACCGCUGCUCGCGGCAUGAAGUUGCUGGCUGGGGUAGUUCACGCUCGGCCGACGGCGGGGAAGCAGGGCCCUCGCGCGCUGCAGCGCAGCUGGAGGGAUCUGGGGGGAUGGCGGAACCUGAGCCCAUCCACUCCCCGUCUCCCCGAGGCGUGGCCGAUCUGGUGUGCCAUCGAAAACGGGCCGUGCAGUGUGCGAAGGUACGACAUGGCGCUUUUCAUCUGGCUGAUGUGGAGCACACAUGCACGCCCGAUCCAGUUGAUGGCGCUGAAGCCAGAGUUCCUUUUCCCUUCGAGUCGCGUGGCCACCCAUUGGGCGCUGCAGCUGAAUCCAGAGAUCGAGGGCGUGCCGUCCAAGGCGAAGGAGUACGACGUUACGACCGAGCACGAUCACGACUGGUGGGCCAGCCUGACCCCCGUGUUGCGCGCUCUGCGAUCUCGCCCGCCUGGCGAGCGGGUCAGAACGCGGGGCGGCUGGAAGUCGGACCGUUCGGUGGUCAGGUACGAGAAGGGCGCUCGGCUCAGCUCGACCUGGAUGGCCCACCCGAUGUGGUUGCCCCAGCACGCCGGGCUGUGCGAGGAGAAAUUCGUGGAGAUUGUUGUGCGCAGCCGAGUGCUGCCAAAGCCCGCUUUGCAUUGCCGGUAG